UUGGCGCGCUGUUGCAGAGGAAAUAGAGAAAUUUUGGUCAUAGAAUUCGACAUUUAUUUCAUUAACUAGAGGUUCCCAUCAAAGGCUGCAAGAUGCAGAAGGUCGCCCCCGUUCACAAACAUGCGCAAACCUGUUGCCCGGUAAUGGCAUUCUACUAUCCCAACGAAUGCUUCAUGUGCAAAGACACAGCUUCUUUAAAAAGAUGCAGUCGCUGCAACAUGAUCGCCUACUGUGGCCCCGGUCAUCAGAGAGAACACUGGAGUCACCACAAAGACAUAUGCGAAGUCAUCUCCGCCAUUCUCAAGGAAAGAAAGAUCACACACAUCUACGAAAAUUUUCGCGGCGUCAGCUCAGCAGAAUGGAAAAAAGUGAGGAAAGAAACCGCCAAGGAAGUCGAGAAGCGACUUGGAAGACCCUUAGCUCAGUACGAAGGGCACAUGUUUAAUUUUCCAAGAGCUUGCUUUGUUUGUCACGAUGUCAGGCAGGGAUUGCUGAAAAAUUGUCCUCGAUGCCCCAAUGCACACUUCUGUCAGGAACAUCCGAGCAGUUCUCUCCAUGACAAGGAUUGUCUCCAAAUUCAGGAAAGCCACAAGCUCGAUAUCGACUAUCAAAACAGAGUUUCUACGCGUGAUUUGAAAUCUUUGGCUAAAUCAGUCGUCGAUGAUACGCCAAUCGCCAAUUCCAGGGAGAACUUGCCGACGACGAUGAAAGAAUUUAUGGAAUAUGUCGGAACGCCGAUGAAGCUUUGCGACGUUUUGAGAACUCACAUCGCGGAUUUUCUCUCCGGGCCAUUGACGCUCUUCAGCGCUUUGCAGAAGCUGAAACAUCCCGCGCUCGCGAAACUUGUGGUUCACGUGACUGGCUCCAGUGGGAAAAUCGACGACAUGAAAAGUUGGGAAGUUCUUUUUCAUCUGAUACCGACUUUAACUUUUUUGAGGGUCAUCAGUCUUGAUUGCGAGAAGAGUGAGAAGUUGGAGUGUACGCUCUGUGAGAAAUGUCGCGUUCAAAAGAAGAGUUUGUCGAUACAGACUAUCGUGUGUAACUAUGUCGGUUAUGUGGAGACGGAAGAGUUCGAGGAACCGAGUAUUGUACUUUUGACGAAUAAAAAUCCACCAGAGGACGAUGAGAUGCAUCAGAGGUUGUGGAAGAUUUUUCUGUUGACCUGGCGCAGAGUUGAGUGUCCUCUGGUGUUGACUACUGUCACGGAAGAAAAGGCGCAGAUGAUUAUUGAGAGCUUGAAGUCUACUUUUAAUAAGGUGGCGAUUUGUUUUGAGGGAAUUAACGAAUUCGCGACGCAAAGGCCACAAAGACUGUGGGAGACUGAAGGCGUUUUUAGGGAAAACUACAUGAUGACAAUUUGCCGGGUAUUCCACGACAAGGAAUUGCUAACUUGCGUUCGCUGUGGACUCAAAGACAAAACCGUCGAUUCCAAAACGAUCAACUGCGCCUCAUGCGUAUCCGAUUAUCUAUGCGCCGACGCCGCUCUCUUUCCCCAGAAAAGUAGCAACCGAUCUCGCAAUUUCUUCUACGUGCACAACUGUAAAGUUUGUCAAUUUCGUCCAGAUCUUCUCGCGGGCGACGCUCCUCUGAUACCCUGCAAACGCUGCAAGAUGAUUUUCUAUUGUACCCACGAUCAUCAACGACAACAUCUUCCCGAGCACAAAGAUCUCUGCAAGGCAAUUCUCACUCUGAUGGUGGAAUCCGGUUCCACACAUCUAUUCGAAAAAGCCGACAAGUCUGGAGACGAUGCCUGGAAACGAGCCAAAAUUGAGCUCAUGCUGAAGGCGGAAUCGAAACUCGACAGGAAACUUCUGCAGUACGAAAAGGACAUGUUUCUCUUCCCAAAAUCCUGCUUAGUCUGUCACGAGACCAACCCGAGCGUUCUGAACACCCACGAGUGCGGACGCAGCCUCUGCAAAGUCCACAAAAAUUCUACGGAACAUCAGACAACUUGUCUGAGACAACAGCUGGCUUUUUACUGUGAUAUGGACCUCCUGCCGAUCAGGCGCUCGCCUGCGCCGAUCACCUUGGCGGAGCUGUUGGUCUUCUCGUCUAGACAAGAGACAGUGGCGACCGUGCCUCUGAAAACGGAACUCGAAAGGCUACCGGAAUCGAUGGAUGACUUUCUCGAGACUUAUAUCCAACUCAAGGACGGGAAAGUCUGGCUGGAAAAUAAUCCGGGAAAAUAUCCGAAGCUCCGUGAGAUGAUGUACGCGGAGAUGUUCACGAGGCCUCUGAGUUUGCUCUUUGCUAUGCAGAAGUUCAGUUUGAUCUCCGACUCGAUGCUGAUCCACGUGAUUGGAUCACAUGACGACGAGAAAUCUGCAGCCGGCUACUGGGAGAUUUUGCUCCAUCUGGUGCCGAAUUUGAAAAGUCUCAAGGUCUUCUUCAUCGGAGCGGAAGUUUCGGAAUUAAAUCCGGUGAUGGUGAAAGUCUGCGAGGGUUGUGCGAAACUGGGAAAGAGUUUGGAGGUGAGAGGCAUCGCGAAGACGUAUGAUGAAUAUUAUUACGAGACGGAUCUUUUCGUGAAACCAGAUAUUGUCGCGGCAUUUAAUUUCCACUUGCAUGAGGCAACGAGCUCGUCGACGAGCUCCGAAAUUAAGAAGACAGCUAAGUGUUUGAUGUUGACGACUUUGGUUUUGGGAAAGUUAGGGGCGCCUUUUGUGAUGACUUCGGGAACGAGAAUGAAAGCGAGGCUUACUUGGAGGAAUAUGAUGUUCUAUCUUGGAGAUUCUCUUCAAUAUGAUUACUUGGAAAUAAAUCCUUUUAGGGCAAUGGUUCCAGAAAGGGACUUUGAAACGGAGGGCUACAAGAUUUCGAAUUGCUUUAUCACUGUUUACGUUAAAUUGCAUCAGCUGACAAGUCCUGUGGAACAUCUGAGUAAAUUGUAUCAGCUUUCAAGCCCUGCGGAACAUAUGAAGAACAAAUUUGGGGUUGAUGUCACAACCUUUGGACCUAAAUAAUUAAUUACAGUUCUAUCAACAAGCGCCUUUAUCGCCAAGCGCCUUUUUACCAAGCGCCCUUUUCAGAUAGCGCCUUUUUCACCAAGUGUCUUUUCUCACCAAUCGCCUCUAAAUUCGGGAAGCGGCUCGAGCAUGGAUUAUACAGGGUGUCUAUCCUACCUGGAAAACCUGGAAUUGUCAGGGGAUUUUAUACCCGUAGAAAAACCUAGAAAUUUCAGGGGUAUUUUUUUAGUCAGGAACUUUUUACAAGAGCCUACUUAAUUUUUUCCUAAAUUGCACUAUAAAAUUGUAUAACAAUGCUUAUUUAUUUUUAGGAGUAGAUUUAUAUUACUGUGUUGAACUAUUUUAUUGAAAUUUUUUUUCUCGAAAUUAACUUUUUUAACUGAAAAUUGAACUGCU